AUGGCCGGCGAAAUUGUCGGCUACGUGGGCCGUAUCAUGAUAUCUAAGUCAAGCCAGAAAAACACGGCAAUUGUCAUGGACUCUGUUGGGCUUAAUGCGGGAGCUUCUCUGAUGAUAACAGGGCUUUAUAUUGUUGCGGCAGGCGUGCUGAAACAACGUGCUACCAAUAUUGUCAGAGCAUCUCCGAGCCUUCUGAAUGUAGUGCUCGCUGUCAACAUUGCCUGCAUUGCCUUAUACUCGGCAGGAGUAUCGAUCGAGCCCAACGCGGGCUCCGACUACCAGACUGGAAGAGAUCUGGCUAAUGCAGGAACUGCUACUCAGCUUGCCCUUCUCAUCGCUUUUUUAGCCUACUGGCUUUUCUCAUGGAGAACGAACUGUGGAGACUUCUGUUCAGCGCGACAAACCCUAUAUCACAACGGUUUUCCGGCGGCUGUCACGUUGUGCAUGAUCAUCAUGGUGGUGCGUUGCUGCUAUCGUCUAGCUCUUGAGGCAGAGGGACGCAAUGGCAAGCUGUUCACACACCCAAUAUACGUGGGACUUCUGGACUCUCUCAUGGCUGCUAUCACAGCGCUCCUUAUGACUGUGUUCCAUCCGGGGCUUGUUGAAAGGUUGGGUGUUCAAGGGAUGAGGCCCGAGGCGUCCUAUUAUUAA